CGGAGCAGAGCAUACCAGCUGCAAGGCCAGCAUGUCACCUAACUUCAAACUUCAGUGUCACUUCAUUCUGAUCUUCCUGGUGGCGCUCAGAGGGGAGACCCGGUACCUAGAGCUGAGGGAGGCGGCGGACUACGACCCUUUCCCGCUCUUCAGCGCCCACCUGAAGCGGGAGCUGGCCGGGGAGCAGCCGUACCGCCGCGCGCUGCGGUGCCUGGACAUGCUGAGCCUGCAGGGCCAGUUCACCUUCACCGCCGACCGGCCGCAGCUGCACUGCGCCGCCUUCUUCAUUGGCGAGCCCGAGGAGUUCAUCACCAUCCACUACGACCUGGUCUCCAUCGACUGUCAGGGCGGGGACUUCCUGAAGGUAUUUGAUGGUUGGAUCCUCAAGGGGGAGAAGUUCCCCAGUUCCCAGGAUCAUCCUCUCCCCACGACUGAGCGGUACAUAGAUUUCUGCCAGAGUGGCCUUAGCAGAAGGAGUAUCAGAGCCUCCCAGAAUGUGGCCAUGAUCUUCUUCCGGAUCCAUGAACCUGGAAAUGGAUUCACAUUAACUAUAAAGACAGAUCCCAACCUCUUUCCCUGCAAUGCCAUCUCUCAAACCCCAAAUGGGAGGUUCACCUUGGUGGUUCCACAUCAGCAUCGCAACUGCAGCUUCUCCAUCAUCUAUCCUGCAGUGAUCAAAAUAUCUGAUCUCACCCUGGGACACUUAAACGGCCUUCAGCUGAAGAAACCCUCAGUGGGUUGUGGAGGGGUAGGAGACUUCGUGGAGCUGCUGGGAGGUGCUGGAUUAGACCCUUCCAAAAUGAUGCCUUUAGCUGACCUCUGCUACCCCUUUCAUGGUCCCGCCCAAAUGAAAAUCGGCUGUGACAACACCGUAGUGCGCAUGGUCUCCAGUGGGAAGCACAUAAAUCGUGUGACCUUUGAGUAUCGACAGUUGGAACCAUACGAAUUGGAAAGCCCAAAUGGAAACAGCAUCCAGGAAUUCUGUCUGUCCAGUUUUUGA